AUGGAGGUCGAGGUGCUCGACCUGUCCGAGAGUCUGGGUGCCUUGUGCAGUCCUCCGCUGCAUCGCCAUGUACCACCUGUGGCCGGCCGGAAGAGGUCCAGCGAUGAGUUCGACUGUGAUUUGGAAGCCUUGCGGGAUGCGGAGACACAGAAGCGGCCGGCACUACAACAUCGUCAAACCGUUAGGAUAUCUGACUCGUUUCCCACCAUUGAAGAGUACAUGGAUGAGCCUUUGACCCCUAGUAAGGGUGAUCUGUCUUCAGAUAUUCCGCCGCCGCCCUACUCAACAAUCCCUCCGAAAGCAAACACUCCCGUCAAGCUGUCAAGGGUAAACACUGCCGUCGCACGCACACCCUCUAGAUAUGCGUCUGGCCGUGUGAUGCCGGAUUCCGAGGAUGAGGAAGACCUUGUCAAUGCUGCACGUCACAAGCCCAAAGAGGAUCAUAAGCGUCGCCCUGUGCCAUCGCCACGAAAGCGUUCUGUGAAGCAUGAAGUCGUCACUUCUGACGAUGACAGUUUCGAGAGCCUCAUAGAGGAUGUCGGAGAACGGCCUACGCGGCUCAAAGUCGAAGAGCCUGCGGAGUCCAAUCGACAUGCCCCGACUAGAGCCUCGAAGACUCCUCAACCCGGACCAACACCGAUCAACAAACAUGUCACAAUCGAGGCGCCAACGCCAACAGCAGGCAGUCAAGCAACGCUAUCACCUGAGCAGGAAGAGCAGUCUGUUCUACUUGGUAAGCUGUUUUCUGCAUCCGAACAAGUCUUCAAGAGAAUUACGUCGGGCUUGUCCGGCCAACAGGAGGCACUCGCCGAAGAGAUCAUGGAAGUGAUGGAAAAUGGUCCUGCAGGUGCUGAAGUCGAGCUAGAGGCACAGUUAGAGGCAAUUGCGCAUCGGCUUGAUGCACUUGAGCGACUACGUGAUCAUAGGGAGAGGUACAAGAGCUUGUCUGCUGAGAAGGACAAGAUGAAGGAUGCCUUGAAAAGAGCGAUUUUGUCACGGCAGAAAGAUGCAAAGGAUGCAGCGCAGGCCGCGAACGUUGCUGUCAGGGAGCAAUUGCGCGCUGUCGAGAUUGAGUGUUUGGCCUCGCUCAAGAUGUGCCAGGAGGACGUCUCAGCGGCCUUUGAUCAGGACACGAACAGCUCCGAUAGCACUGCUGGUCAACGGAUCGCUGUCAAAUCGACUCAAGCGCCGACAAAAGGGGUUUCGGAGCAGGCGCUGUUCGUGCCGAGUUCCAGCCGGAUUGCUCAAACCCAGAUGGCACAAUCAAUGCCACCGCCACCACUUCGACAGACAACAAUCAGCACUAUUCGCGCGACGACACAGCCUCCACAGCGAGCCUUGCAGGUGCAACGAGAACGGCCGAGCGCGGAAGACGAUAGCCAGAUGUUUGACGAUGACAGCUUCGAGGAUAUCAACGAUCAUGGAACGUUCAUCGGCAAUGGAAACAUGUACAGCCACCGAAUGGGAACGCCGCCGGCACGAUUCGAUGACUUUGACGAAGAAGACUUCGGCAUGGACGAUGACGAUGAAAUGUUGGAAGCGGCUCAAGACUUCGAAAAUCGCGGACAGCCAUCUCGAAGCAUAUAUCAGGAAUCCACUCGCACAGUCUUUGCGGAGGCGUCCGGGAACCGACAAUCACAGCCAGCGAGUGGAGCAAAGUCAAGGAAGACACCCAAAAAGCUCACCGCGCAGGAAGAAAGCGAUCUCGAGAAGAGAAACUUCAGCUUCCCGUGGUCGACAGACGUCAAGGAAGCCUUGAAGGAGAAGUUCAGGCUCAAGGGCUUUCGAGAGAACCAGAUCGACGCCAUCAAUGCGACGCUUGCGGGCAAGGAUACCUUUGUGCUGAUGCCCACUGGUGGCGGCAAGUCGUUGUGCUAUCAACUCCCUGCUCUCGUGCGAAGCGGAAGGACUCGCGGCGUCACCGUUGUCAUAUCACCUCUCGUGAGCUUGAUGGAGGACCAGGUGCAGCAUCUGCAGAAGUUGAACAUUCAGGCCUUUCUUGUCAACAGCGAAACCACGCAGGACCAACGCAGCGCCUUGAUGGACAGCUUGUACUCUGCGGACGUGGAGAAUCUGGUCCACUUGCUCUACGUCACGCCAGAGAUGCUCGCCAAGAGUACAAAGAUGGUCAGCACCUUCCAAUGGCUGCACCGCAAGAACCGACUGGCGCGAUUCGUGAUUGACGAGGCGCAUUGUGUCAGUCAAUGGGGCCACGACUUUCGUCCCGACUACAAGCUUCUUGGAGAGUUUCGACGUCACUUCAUGGGCGUCCCUGUCAUGGCCUUGACAGCCACAGCGACUGAAAAUGUCCGAGCAGACACUAUCCAUAACUUGAGCAUCGAAGGAUGUGAAGUGUUCACGAGCAGCUUCAACCGCAGAAACCUCUACUACGAGGUCAGGAAGAAGGCCAAAGGCAAGGGUGAUAUCGAAAGCAUCGCCAACUUGAUCAAGGAAGACCAUCACAAGCAGACGGGUAUCAUAUACUGCUUCUCAAGAAAAGACUGCGAAGGCAUGGCAGAAGCACUUCGAAAGCAGCAUAGCAUCAAGGCGCACCACUAUCACGCUGGUCUGAAAAGCGAAGAAAAAUCUCAAGUCCAGAAGAAGUGGCAGGCUGGAACUUAUCAUGUCAUCGUCGCAACAAUCGCGUUUGGAAUGGGCAUCGACAAGGGUAAUGUUCGGUUCGUCAUUCAUCAUACCAUACCAAAGUCACUGGAAGGGUACUACCAGGAAACUGGCAGAGCUGGCCGCGAUGGACUGGACUCGGCUUGCUAUCUCUUCUAUGGCUAUGGGGACGCGACCAAGGUCCGCAGGAUGAUCGAUAAGGAUGACGAGAACACCACCAGCUGGGAGCAAAAGCAACGCCAGCAUCAUAUGUUUCGCUUGAUGAUCCAGUUCUGCGAGAACAAGAGCGACUGCCGGCGAGUGCAGGUCCUGCGAUACUUCAAUGAGCCCUUCAACAAGGUUGAUUGCGAGGCCAAAUGCGACAAUUGCAACUCUACUUCGACUUUCGAGAGUGUCGAUUUCACGCAGUAUGCACGGCAAGCGAUCGAGCUUGUGCGCGCCGUGAGAGGAUCCAAGGUCACCGUUCUGCACUGCGUAGACGUCUUUCGCGGCGCGGAGAAUGCAAAGAUCAAGUCUCUGGGACAUAACGCAAUUCCGCAAUUCGGCGUCGGAAGCGAUCUGAGUCGAGAAGAUAUCGAGCGAUUGUUCUAUCGCCUCCUGAGCGAAGAAGCUAUCCGAGAAGACACCGAAGUCAACAAGAAGGGAUUCCCUCAGUCCCACGUGAAUAUCGGUCGGAAAGCCGGUGAUUUUCGGCCUGGGAGAACGCAAUUGCUCAUGCAGAUCAGCACGACGCCGCGCGUAGCAAAGGCAGCCAAAGCGGCAACGAAAAAGGGCAAGAAGGCUGCGGCAGGGCCGGCGCCACGAGAGCUGCCAAUGUCUACCAACGUCUCAUCUCCGAUCCAGGCUGCUUCCAAGCGGAAACGAGCAGCGCUGCCACAACGAGGAGAGAUGCACGCGAAUGGUUACCGGCGAGAUGACUUUGUCAUUUCCGAUCCCGAGGACGGCAACGUCGAGGAGAGUGAUGAGUCCGACGGAUUUGAGCCUAUCCUUGAUUCCAGACGACCGCGCGCCACGAAAGCGGCACGCUCAGCCGGCCCUGCAAUAACCACCGAUGAAGCGAUCGAACGACUCGAUGACAUGCACAGAAUAGUGCUGGAAGACUUCAUGCAAAACGCGGAGAAAAAGGCCAAGGACAUUAUGAACAACAAGGGCCUAUCAGUCGUUCCGUUCAGCAAUACUCAGCUUCGGACCAUGCUCAUCAACUGGAUUGACACCGAGGAGGGAAUGUCGCAGAUCAAUGGCAUGAAGCCCGAGAUGAUCAAACUCUACGGAAAGCCUUUCUUGAGGAUGGUUGAACAGUUCCGCGAGUCGUACACAGAGAUGACCGGUAAAGAAGCGACCAAGGAGAGCCAGCACGCGCACAACGUCAUCAGUCUAGAAGCCGACCCGGGCGAGGAAAGCGCAUACUUCAGACGGGAGGCGACCAGAACCCAGCUCAACGCCAAAUUCGGAUUCAAGCAAUCUGAAGCGAGCGAUGCGCCGAAAGCGACUGUUCCGAAGAAGGCGGCUGCAAAGAAGCCGAAGAACUAUCGAGCAACUGGCAGUCGUACGGCGUCGGGGUCUGGACGGAAUAGUGGUGGAGGUCGGUCACGACAAGCAUCUGGUGGUGGGUUUGGUGGUCGCUCGACUUCGGGCGUGAAGAAGAGAGGCAAGUCGGGCGGCAGUAAUCCUGGACCUUCGCGUGGUCCCGCUCGAGGUGCUCCAAAAGGAGGAGGAGGAGGCUUCGUCUCAAUGAUGCCGACAUAA